AUGAAGAAUUUCUCGUCCACCUCUGCCGCCGCGAGACGAAGCGAUGGAUGCACGUUUCGAAACGCGACGACGACGAUUCAGACGACGACGAGAAAAAGAAAUCCGACGAAAUUGUUCCGAAUCUACUCGACGUCCAUCCCGACGGAAGAAGAGAAACUCACAAACCCGACUUCAUCGGAGUCCUCUUCUUCAGGAGCAAGAGGUGGUGGAGGCUACCCGUUCGCGGAAAUCGAACAAAAAUGGCAAAAGAAUUGGCAAGAAAACAAAACCUUCCAAACGCCUUCGUUAAACUCUGGCUUAGACCAAUCGAAACCGAAAUUUUACGCGUUGGAUAUGUUCCCGUACCCAUCUGGAGCUGGGUUACACGUUGGACACCCGGAAGGGUACACGGCCACGGAUAUUAUGGCGAGAUAUAAACGGAUGAAAGGGUACAACGUGUUGCACCCGAUGGGAUGGGACGCGUUUGGUUUACCCGCGGAGCAAUACGCCAUCGAAACUGGGACGCAUCCGAAAGAGACGACGGCGAAGAACGUGAACAGAUUUCGAGAGCAGCUGCAAUCGUUAGGCUUUAGUUACGAUUGGGAUCGCGAGGUAGCCACGUGCGAUUCUACGUAUUAUAAAUGGACGCAGUGGAUAUUUAUUCAGCUGAUGAAGCAAGGCUUGGCGUAUCAAGCGGAAGUUCCGGUGAAUUGGUGCCCGGCGUUGGGAACGGUUUUAGCGAACGAGGAAGUCAUCGAUGGAUUAUCCGAACGAGGUAAUCACCCAGUCAUUCGUAAACCAAUGAAACAGUGGAUGUUAAAAAUCACAAAGUUCGCCGAUCGAUUGUUGGAAGAUUUGGACGAUUUAGAUUGGCCAGAGUCCAUCAAGGAAAUGCAACGCAACUGGAUCGGGAGAAGCGAAGGCGCGCAGUUGAAAUUUUCCGUCUCGGAAAAUGAUUCCUCGUUUUUGGAGGUGUAUACGACGAGACCGGAUACGCUGUACGGUGCGACAUAUUUAGUCGUCGCACCGGAGCAUCCGAUGUUGGACCAGCUGACGACUGCGGAAAAUAAAGACGUCGUCCAAAAAUACGUUAAAGAUGCGGCGAACAAAUCGGAUUUGGAACGAACUGAAUUACAAAAGACGAAAAGUGGUGUCUUUUUAGGCACGUACGCGACGCAUCCGUUGACUGGGGAGAAGAACGUGCCCAUUUGGGUCGCUGAUUACGUCUUGGGGUCUUACGGUACCGGAAGUAUCAUGGCGGUCCCGGCGCACGAUCAGCGAGAUUUCGAGUUUGCAAAGACUUUUGAUUUACCCAUCGUACCAGUCGUUCAACCGAGCAAAGAGCACGAUUUCGACAAAGAGGCGUACUCAGGAACCGGUAAAAUGAUGAACUCUCGCGAGUGUGAUGGAAUGGACAUCACGCAGUGCGCGGAUGUCAUCAUCAAAAAACUCGGCGACGACAACAUGGGCGAAAGAAAAAUCAACUACAAGUUGAGAGAUUGGCUCUUCGCGAGGCAAAGAUAUUGGGGCGAACCGUUUCCAGUCGUGUACGACGACGAAAAUCCGGACGUGGCCAUUCCAAUUUCCGAAAGCGAUUUACCUUUGAUAUUGCCACAAACGGACAACUUUAAACCGUCCGGUUCAGGCGAAGGUCCGUUGGCGAACGUCACGGAUUGGGUGAAAACGACCGUUCCCGGGCACCCGGAGAAAUCGGCGACGAGAGAAACGAAUACCAUGCCGCAAUGGGCUGGAUCGUGUUGGUAUUAUUUACGAUUUAUUGAUCCCACGAACGAAAACGCAUUGAUAGACAAAUCUUUAGAAAAGUAUUGGAUGCCGGUGGAUUUAUACGUCGGCGGCGCCGAACACGCGGUGUUGCAUUUGUUAUACGCUCGAUUUUGGCACAAAGUUCUGUACGACAUCGGCGUCGUUUCGACGAAAGAACCGUUCCAGAAAUUGGUCUCGCAAGGUAUGAUAUUAGGUGAAGUCGAAUACACCGCUUUCGUGGACGAGAAAUCCGGCGAAUACGUCUCUGCUGGAUCAAAAGAAGCUCAAAACGCAAUCGCGACGAAACUCGACGGUUCAAAAGUCACCAAAAAAGGCGACGGUUUCGUCUUGACGGAAAACCCGAAAAUUAAAGUCAACUCGAGAGCGUUUAAAAUGUCAAAAUCGAGAGGGAACGUCGUCAAUCCCGACGACGUGGUCUCUGAAUACGGUGCAGACUCUUUGCGAUUAUACGAAAUGUUCAUGGGUCCUCUGACGGACGUGAAAGUGUGGCAAACCUCGGGCGUUUCUGGAUGCUACCGUUUCUUAGCUCGAGCGUACCGAUUGUUUGAGAACGAAAAAAGCGCGAUUACGAACGAAAAAGCUACCGAAGAACAACUUCGCGACACGAAUAAAAUGAUUGCUAAAGUCACCGAAGCGACGGAGACGCUCUCGUUUAACGUAGCCAUCGCGGCGAUGAUGGAAUUCACGAACGCGGCGACGAAAUGGGAAACGAAACCGAGAGAGUGUUUGGAACCCUUCGCGUUGUGCUUGAGUCCGUACGCGCCGCACUUGAGCGAAGAGUUAUACGCUCGAUUAAACUCUUCUGAACAACUCCCAUCCAACGCCUACGUCGCUUGGCCAAAUGCCGACGCGCAAUACUUGGUCGAGGAUACCAUCGAAAUGGGCGUCCAAAUCAACGGUAAAACCCGCGGAUCGAUUAAACUCGCCUUAGACGCUACCGAAGAUAUCGCCGUGCAAUUGGCCAAGAGCGAACCGAGCGUGGAGAAGUUUCUGGACGGGAAAGAGAUUAAAAAAGUCAUCUACAAAGCCGGGAAGAUUUUGAACAUAGUCGUGCCAAAGUAA